AUGGCUUCUAAGUCCUCGCCCAAAAUACUGUCAGUUGAAUGGGGAAGCAUCGAGAUUGAAGGAGUAGACGCAGGCAAGGACUUCAAAGUCUUUCCAGGCGGUGCAAGGCCCUGGGAUUGGAGUGAGACGGGGACAAGACACCAACCUGGAAUCCAGGUUGCUGAUGUACAAGAACUUCUCGACAAAGGCGCCACUACGGUCGUUCUCUCUCGAGGAAUGCACCUGAAACUGCAUGUCGAUGCUUCAACUCACGAGUUCCUCGAAGGAAAGAACAUUACAGUGCAUGUCGCGGAAACCCGUGAAGCAGUCAACAUUUAUAAUUCACUAGCUCAGGACGGCACGUUAGUCGGCGGGCUCUUUCAUUCCACAUGUUAG